AUGUGCUAUGCCAUGUGCUAUGCCAUGUGCUACACAUGCUUUCUCAAGGCGUGUGGCGUCAACGCCACGUGCAUCAAGGACAGUGUUGGAGUGGCGUCCUGCGUGUGCAACGCUGGCUAUGCCCUUCAGCCUGACGGCACCACAUGCACUGACACAUGCGCACUCAAGGCAUGUAGGGGGAAUGGCACGUGCGUCAAGGACAGCACUACUGGAGUGGCGUCGUGUGUGUGUGACACUGGCUUUGAACUGGAAGCGGAUGGCAGGACUUGCUCUGACACAUGCGCACUGAAGGCAUGUAGGGGGAAUGGCACGUGCAUAAAGAACAGCACUACUGGAGUGGCGUCCUGUGUGUGUGACACUGGCUUUGCGCUGCAGGCGGAUGGCAUGACGUGCAUUGAUACAUGCACACUCAAAGCCUGUGGGAGCAACGGCAAGUGCAUCAAGAACAGCACUACUGGAGUGGCGUCCUGUGUGUGUGACACUGGCUUUGUGCUGCAGCCUGAUGGCAGGACGUGCACCGAUACCUGUGUCAUCAAGGGCUGCAACGCUGCAGUUACCGAUUGCGUGAAGGACGCUGCAGGCGCCGCCUCCUGUGUGUGCAAGCCGGGCUACCAGAAUGUAUCGGGCACGUGCAUGGGGCCUGCCUCGUGUGGGGUCUGCCCUGCAGGAGCCACCUGCUCUCCGGUGCCGUACAGCAAAGCCGCCUACUGCCUGUGCCCUCCUGGCUUUGGCAUGACCGCCGCUGGUUGCGUGCUCGGCGCCACCCCCACCGUCUCCUCGACCAGCUUCUCCUACUACAUGCUCCCAAGCUUCGGCAUAACACCUGCCGCCUACACCAUGCGCCUCACCUACAACGGCUGCACCAACCUCACAGCCUCCUCUGCUCUAGACAUCAAGUCCUACUGCGAUGUGGAGCGGGCGCCUGGGGGCGCGGGCGACUGCACUGAGAUCCGCCAGUACCACCAGCCGGGGUGCAUUGGAUCGUACAGCUUGUUUCCUAUCACGCCAGGGACUGGCGUCAGCACUGGAUGCAUUGUGUGA